AUGCACGGCACCGGGCCCUCAGGCUCGCAGACCGGAGUCUCUACGCCACGAUCCCAAGCAGUAUCUCGACCUCUCACUCUCACCCACGGCUCGCUCGAAUACAACUUUUUAAUACCCACCGCCCUCCAUUUCAACGCCUCACAGCUCAAAGAUGCCUUCCUCGCAACCCUCCCAGAGCCCACCGACGAGCUUGCUCAAGAUGAUGAGCCUUCUUCCACCACCGAACUGGUAGCUCGCUACAUCGGCUAUGUUGCAAAGGAGGUCGACGAGGGCGAGGACCCAGAGCUUUUCAGCGAGGUGCUGAAGCUGGUCCUGCAAGAGUUUGAGCGUGGUUUCCUUCGUGGUAACGAAGUGCACGCUGUGGCGGCGAGUCUGCCUGGCAUCUCGGAGAAGAAGCUGAUAACUGUGCAAUCGUACUAUGCCGCACGAGCUGCGGUCAAGCGGCCAGUCCGUUCGCACGAGUCUGCUCUUCUCCGUGAAGCCGCCGAUGAGAACGCGUACAUUUACGCUGUUUUUGGAGGUCAGGGCAACAUUGAAGAAUAUUUUGACGAGCUUCGCGAGAUCUACAAUACAUAUCCAUCGCUUGUGAGAGAUUUUAUCAAUGUGGCUGCGCAGCACUUGCAAUUCCUGGCACGCGAUCCGCGAGCAUUCAAGAGCUAUCCCAAGGGCUUGGAUGUCAUGCGAUGGCUGGACAACCUCGAUUCUCAGCCAGACACCGACUACCUCGUCUCUGCACCUGUGAGCUUUCCUCUCAUCGGACUUACACAGCUGGCACAUUACGUCGUCACCUGCAGAGUUCUCGGCACCCACCCAGGCCAUGUACGAGACAGACUCUCGGGAACCACUGGUCAUUCGCAGGGUGUGGUCACUGCAGCUGCCAUUGCGGCCUCAUCCAACUGGGAAACGUUCGAUAAGCAGGCCAGGAACGCCCUGACGAUCCUGUUCUGGAUUGGAGCCCGCAGCCAGCAAGCUUACCCACGAACUUCUCUUGCUCCAAACGUUCUGCAGGAUUCGAAUGAUGCCGGCGAAGGUGUCCCUACACCCAUGCUUACAGUCCGCGACCUCCCACGCGAGACGGUAGAGAAGCUCAUUGAGACUACCAACCAUCAUUUGCCAAAGGAUCGUCACAUUGGCAUCUCCCUGGUCAACAGUGCACGCAACUUUGUGGUUACUGGUCCGCCAAUGUCUUUGUACGGUCUCAAUCUGCAACUCCGCAAGAUCAAGGCCCCCACUGGUCUUGAUCAGGCCCGGAUUCCUCACACAGACCGCAAGGUCCGCUUCACCAACCGCUUCCUGCCCAUCACGGCGCCAUUCCACAGCCCGUACCUCGUAAAGGCUAUCAAGGAUCUCGAAUCAGACCUCGCAGAGAUCAACAUCCCCGCGACCGAGCUCGGCAUUCCAGUAUACCACACAUACACAGGAAAGGAUCUUCGCGAUCAGGGCGCAGAGAACAUCACACCUGCGCUUGUGAAGAUGAUCUGCCAGGAGCAGGUUCUCUGGGAGACCGCCACGGUCAUGCCGAACGCUACUCACAUCCUCGACUUCGGUCCAGGUGGCAUUUCUGGUCUGGGAGUUCUUACCAACCGCAACAAGGAUGGAACCGGCGUGCGUGUUAUUCUUGCUGGCACCAUGGAUGGAUCCAACACAGACGUUGGCUACAAGCCUGAGAUCUUUGAUCGUGACGCCGAGCACGCGGUCAAGUUUGCGGUGGAUUGGGUCAAGGAGUUCGGUCCCAAGCUUGUGCGAACAUCUGCAGAUCAAACGUUUGUCGACACCAAGAUGAGUAGACUACUUGGUCUGCCGCCUGUCAUGGUUGCAGGCAUGACCCCUUGCACUGUUCCUUGGGACUUUGUGGCUGCGACAAUGAGUGCCGGUUAUGAAAUCGAGCUUGCUGGUGGAGGAUACUACAAUGACAAGACCAUGACCGAAGCCAUUGCCAAGAUCGAGAAGGCAAUCCCAGCAGGACGUGGAAUUACCAUCAACCUGAUCUACAUCAACCCUCGGGCCAUGCAGUGGCAGAUUCCGAUGAUUGCGCGACUGCGCGCUGAAGGUGUCCCAAUUGAAGGACUUACCAUCGGUGCUGGUGUCCCCUCGAUCGAAAUCGCCAAAGAGUACAUCGAGACUCUGGGAAUCAAGCACAUCAGCUUCAAGCCAGGUUCUGUCGAGGCUAUCCAACAGGUCAUCAACAUCGCCAAGGCCAAUCCUGACUUCCCCGUCAUGAUGCAGUGGACCGGUGGCCGUGGCGGUGGUCACCACUCCUUUGAGGAUUUCCACCAGCCGAUUCUGUCCAUGUACAGUAGGAUCAGACGAUGCGAGAACUUGGUCUUGAUCGCUGGAUCUGGAUUCGGUGGUGCGGAAGACACAUAUCCCUACAUCAACGGUGAGUGGGCGCGCAACUUUGGCUACCCACCCAUGCCCUUUGACGGUGUCUUGUUUGGAAGCCGUGUAAUGGUUGCCAAGGAGUGCUACACCUCCAAGAUGGCAAAGCAAGCCAUUGUCGAUGCUGAGGGUCUCGAAGACCAUGAAUGGGAAAAGACCUACAAGGGCCCCGCUGGUGGUGUCAUCACCGUUCGCUCCGAAAUGGGCGAGCCUAUUCACAAGCUUGCCACCCGUGGUGUCAAAUUCUGGGCUGAGAUGGAUCAGAAGAUCUUCAGCUUGGACAAGGCCAAGCGUAUCCCCGAGCUGAAGAAGAACCGCGAGUACAUCAUUCAAAAACUCAACGAUGAUUUCCAGAAGCCAUGGUUCGGCCGCAACAAGGCCGGUGAGUCUGUCGACCUCGAGGACAUGACUUAUGGUGAGGUUGUACGUCGCAUGGUUGACUUGAUGUAUGUCAAGCACCAGAAGCGAUGGAUCGACAAGUCUCUUGCACGGCUGACUGGUGACUUCAUCCGUCGCAUUGAGGAGCGCUUUGGAUCUGUCGAAGGCGCCAACUCCAUCAUCCAGAACUACAGCGAGCUCGACGCACCGUUCGAGACUGUGAAGAAGGUGUUGGAGGCAUACCCCGAGGCUGAUAACCAGCUCAUCAACGCUCAGGAUUGCCAGCACUUUUUACUCCUCUGUCAGCGUCGCGGACAGAAGCCAACACCCUUUGUGCCUUGCCUCGACGACACUUUCGAGUUCUUCUUCAAGAAAGACUCGCUGUGGCAGUCUGAAGAUCUUGACGCCGUAGUUGACCAAGACGUCGGCCGUGUUGCCAUCCUGCAAGGGCCAAUGGCUGUCAAGUACUCGAAGAUCGUUGACGAGCCCAUCAAAGACAUCCUUGACGGUGUUCACGAAGGCCACAUUGAGCGCUUGACCAAGGAUCUCUACAAUGGCGACGUGAACAAGAUCCCAAAGAUUGAGUACUUUGGCGGCAAGCUCAUCGAAGUCAGUGACGAGAUCAACCUCGAGGGUCUUACCAUCAACGAGACGGAGCAAAAGUUGCUUUACCGCUUGUCAGCUGUCUCAACUUCCACUCUCCCACCUGUCGAGAACUGGAUGCAGCUACUUGCCGGCAAGGCACACACAUGGCGCCACGCUUUCUUCACCGCGGAUGUGUUCGUCCAGGGUCAGCGGUAUCAGACCAACCCAAUGCAGCGUGUAUUUGCACCGACUCCCGGCAUGGUGGUAGAGAUCUCGCACCCCAGGGAUCCUAAGAAGACCGUCAUCAGUGUGAAGGAGCCUACCCAGGGAAGCCAGUACGUCCAGACCAUCGAGGUCAGUCGUGCCGCCAACGGCGAGAUUGUUCUCAACAUGAUUGAAGAUCGCAGCGCCACUGGAAAGCCAAUUGCGUUGCCACUGCGGUUCACCUACCACCCAGAGACAGGAUAUGCUCCGAUCCGCGWAGUCAUGGAGUCACGAAACGAUCGCAUCAAGGAGUUCUACUACCGUAUCUGGUUCGGUGAUGAGGCCUGUCCUUUCGACACUCCAGUCACCUCUCGAUUUGAUGGUGGUAGAGCGACUGUUACGAGCGAGGCCAUCAACGACUUUGUCCACGCUGUAGGAAACACUGGCGAGGCCUUUGUUGACCGUCCAGGUAAGGAGGUCUUCGCCCCCAUGGACUUUGCUAUUGUUGUUGGCUGGAAAGCCAUUACCAAGCCCAUCUUCCCGCGCAAGAUUGACGGUGAUCUUCUGAAGCUUGUCCACCUGUCCAACGGCUUCCGCAUGAUCCCCGGUGCCACUCCGUUGAAGAAGGGAGACGUGCUGGACACCACUGCCGAGGUCAACGCCGUCAUCAACCAGGACUCUGGCAAGAUGGUGGAAGUCUGUGGCACCAUCACUCGGGAUGGCAAGCCAGUUAUGGAGGUCACUAGCCAGUUCCUCUACCGGGGCGCAUACACCGACUUUGAAAACACUUUCCAGCGCAAGGACGAGACCCCAAUGCAGGUCCACCUUGGCUCCACCAAGGAUGUUGCUGUCCUUCAGUCAAAGGAGUGGUUCAAGCUCGAGAACAGCGACAUCGACCUCCUCGGCCAGACUCUCACGUUCAGGCUUCAAAGCUUGGUCCGCUACAAGAGCAAGACGCUCUUCUCGUCCGUGCAGACCAUUGGUAAUGUCGAAUUGGAGCUGCCCAGCAAGGAGAUUGUCAAGAUCGCCUCUGUUGAAUACGACGCUGGAAACUCCUACGGCAACCCUGUGCUCGACUACCUCACCCGCAACGGCUCUGCGCUCGACCAGCCGCUGUUGUUUGAGAACCCGAUCCCGCUCAGUGGCAAGACUCCUCUAAUCUUGAAGGCACCUUCGUCCAACGAAACCUAUGCUCGUGUCUCUGGCGAUUACAACCCCAUUCACGUUUCUCGYGUAUUCUCUCAAUAUGCUGGUCUUCCUGGCACCAUUACUCACGGCAUGUACUCCAGCGCGGCCGUGCGUAGUCUUGUCGAGACAUGGGCCGCCGAGAACAACGUCGGUCGUGUUCGCAGCUUCCACGCAUCACUUGUCGGCAUGGUUCUACCUGACGACACCAUUGAGGUGAAGCUGCAGCACGUGGGCAUGGUCGCCGGUCGCAAGAUUAUCAAGAUCGAGGCCGAGAAGCCUGAGACCGAGGAGAAGUCCGCAGAGAAGGUUUUGCUCGCAGAGGCCGAAGUCGAACAGCCUGUGACCUCGUACGUAUUCACCGGACAAGGUUCUCAAGAGCAGGGAAUGGGAAUGGACCUGUACGGCUCCAGCGAGGUUGCGAAGGAGGUCUGGGAUCGUGCCGACAAGCACUUCCUCGACAACUAUGGUUUCGCAAUCACCAACAUCGUCAAGAACAACCCCAAAGAGCUUACCAUCCACUUUGGUGGUGCUCGUGGCAAGGCCAUUCGCAAGAAUUACAUUGACAUGAACUUCGAGACCGUUGCUGCUGAUGGCAGCAUCAAGUCAGAGAAAAUCUUCAAGGAGGUUACGGAGGAGACGACCUCCUACACCUACCGCUCGCCUACUGGUCUUCUUUCUGCAACGCAAUUUACUCAGCCAGCUUUGACUUUGAUGGAGAAGGCUUCGUUCGAGGACAUGCGAUCGAAGGGCUUGGUCCAACGCGACAGCAGCUUCGCUGGUCACUCUUUGGGAGAGUACAGUGCUCUUGCUGCGCUCGCUGAAGUCAUGCCAAUCGAGAGUUUGGUGUCGGUCGUCUUCUACCGUGGUUUGACCAUGCAGGUCGCUGUCGAGCGUGAUGCGGCUGGCCGCUCCAACUACUCCAUGUGCGCCGUCAACCCAUCCCGCAUCAGCAAGACAUUCAACGAGCAGGCUCUGCAAUAUGUUGUUGAGAACAUCGCCGAGGCUACGGGCUGGCUUCUGGAAAUUGUCAACUUGAACGUUCAGAACAUGCAGUACGUCUGUGCUGGUGAUCUGCGCGCUCUCGAUACCCUCACUGGCGUGACAAACUACCUCAAGGCACAGAAGGUCGACAUCCAGCAACUCAUGCAAACCCUGUCCUUGGAGGAUGUCAAGGCUCACCUCGUGGAGAUCAUCAAGGAGUGCGCGAAGCAGACGGAGGGCAAGCCAAAGCCGCUCGACCUGCAGCGCGGCUUUGCCACCAUCCCACUAAAAGGUAUCGAUGUGCCAUUCCACAGCACUUUCCUCCGAUCUGGUGUGAAGCCGUUCCGGUCGUUCUUGCUCAAGAAGAUCCACAAGACCAGCAUYGAUCCCAGCAAGCUCAUCGGGAAGUACAUCCCCAACGUCACGGCCAAGCCGUUUGAGCUCACCAGAGAGUACUUUGAGGAUGUGUACAAGUUGACCAAAUCUCCACGCAUCGGAAACAUUUUGGAUAACUGGGAGAAGUACGAGAGUGAUGAGCCGCACAUUCAGCGUCCGCGUGCUGGGAGCAUGGCUGUCCCCAGCUCGUAA